AUGGUUAAAAAUAAUGAUGAAAAAGCUAAAUGUAAUAUUAAAAGAAAAUCAAUCAAACAUAAAUGUAAAUAUCUAAAAAAUAUACCUUCAAGACGAUCUUCGAGAAACUCGUCAAGAAAGAACUAUACUGAAGAAGAAGUACCUGACGAUGAUCAUUAUAUUUAUUGUGAGCAGUGCAAUGAUUUUUACUAUGGCGAAUGUCCAUCGCACAAUUUUCACAUCAUUGAAGAUAGCACAAUGAGAUCAAGAAAGGGAACAUCAAAUGCUUUGAAGACACUUCCUGAAGAUCUUUACGUAAUACCUUCUACCAUACCUGAAGCAGGCAUGGGUGUGUUUGCAAAUAAAAAGUUAGAGAUCAACACUCGUUUUGGACCAUACAGAGGAGAGAAAGUUUUGCUUGAUGAUUUAGAGGAAGGAAGAGAUACUUCGUACAUGUGGGAGAUUCUACAAGAAGGAAAGAUUCGAUAUUAUAUUGAUGGUAAAGAUUCAACUCAAGGCAACUGGAUGAGAUUUGUGAAUUGUGCUCGAUCUUCAGAUGAACAAAAUAUAAUUGCAUAUCAACAUCAUGGUGAAAUUUACUACCGAGUUUAUAAAGAGAUUGAGGCAGAUAAAGAGCUGCUUGUUUGGUACGGGGAUGAAUUUGCGGAACAACUAGGAGUAUCAUUGUUUGACGAGGAAGACGACGAGAAACAUUUUGAAGUUGGAGGUCACAGCUGCAGACAUUGUGGAAGGAUGUUUACUUAUCUUAAUUUCUUAGAGAAACAUUUAAAAAGAUGUCCACGCUUGUUUGUACAAAGCUAUGGGAAUGUCCACAUUGUAGUCGAAAGUACAGUAGCGAGGACUACCUAAAUGUUCAUAUAAAAAAUGAAUGCAGAAAAAAUCCACUGUUACAACACAAAUUGUCGUGUAAGGAAACGAAUAUUUCUUCUGUUGGCAAUGAUAAACGUCGAAGCAAUAGUGGAAACUGUGUUUUGAAAUUAUCGCAGAGAGUUAAAGAAAAUUAUGCC